AACCAGACUAGCUCAGUCCGCGAUUGCAUUUCAGCCAUGGCGUUUGCACGUUUCCUAUUUUAUAUUCUCCUGUUCAGUUUACUCUACUGUGACCUAUUGGCAAUUGAGUACUUUAUUGUGGGUGGCCAGAAUGCAGCUGAAGGAGAUGCCCCCUACCAGGUGUCGCUCCAAACUCUUUUGGGUAGUCACCUAUGCGGUGGUGCCAUCAUAUCGGACCGAUGGAUAAUAACGGCUGGUCACUGUGUCAAAGGAUACCCGGCCAGCAGACUUCAAGUGGCCACUGGAACAAUUCGUUAUGCGGAACCAGGAGCUGUGCAUUACCCAGACGCCAUCUACCUGCACUGCAACUAUGACAGUCCCAAGUACCAGAAUGAUAUUGGCCUGCUUCACCUGAACGAGAGCAUCAGCUUUAACGCCCUAACUCAGGCGGUUGAACUACCCACAUCCUCCUUUCCCAGAGGAGCUUCGGAGCUGGUUUUCACCGGAUGGGGAUCUCAGUCAGCGGCGGGGUCGUUGCCAUCCCAGCUGCAGCGCGUCCAGCAGCAACACCUCAGCUCUUCAGCUUGUGAGUCCAUGAUGUCCGCCUACGAGGAUCUGGAACUGGGAACUUGCCAUAUUUGUGCAUAUCGUCAGGCAAAUAUUGGAGCCUGCCACGGAGACUCUGGAGGUCCUCUAGUUCAUCAGGGCACUCUGGUCGGCAUACUCAACUUCUUUGUACCCUGCGCUCAGGGAGUGCCGGAUAUAUUCAUGGAUGUAAUGUACUACCGCGACUGGAUGCGACAAACGAUGAGUGGCAAUGGCAAAUGUGCACAGGUCAACCAGCAGGCAAUAGAUGGAUAAAAACAUUUGAACUCAUUAAAGAACCUGAAUUCCUAACGUAAUUCCUUAAUGCUGUGCAUAAUUUAUUAAUUUAUUAAACCAUUAAAACAUAAGAUGUCUUUCAAA